GUGAUAAACCUUAUUCAUGUUCUGCUUGUGGUGUAACAUUCACUCAAGGAUCAUCAUUAAAAUUACAUAUACGAUCACGUCAUAAUGAUAAUAUUAAAUAUUUUUCAUUAAUACGUAAACCAGGUAAAAAUAAUUUAACAAAAUUAUGGACAAGAAUAUUAAAAAAAGAUUUACCAAAAUUUAAUACAUUCAAAUCAUCAUCAUCAUCAUCUUCAUCAUCAUCUCCAUCUUCAUCCUCUUAUUAUUAUUAUCAUUAUUAUUAUUAUUAUAAUUAUUGGAAUAAAUGGAAAAAUAUAAAAUUAAAUAAUCAAAUUAAAAAUCAAUAUAAAAAUCAAUUAAAUUCGAAUUCAAAUUUUAUUGAUUCAAUAUUCAAUAAUAUGAAUCAUAAUAAUAAUAAUUCAUUAUUGAUCAAUGAUAAAAAUAUUAAAAAAAUCAUUCAAUCAAAUAAUUGGAAAUCAAUAAAUUUUAAUUUAAAAAUGAAUAUGAAUAAAAAAUUUAAUCAUCAUCAUCAUAAAAAAUAUAUAAAUUAUAUCCAAUCAAUAAAUAAUGAUUUAAAAUAUAAUGAUCAAAUCAUUCAUCGUAAUCAUGAUCCUGAUCAAUAUGAUAUUGAUCAAAUCAAAUUAAAUGAACAAUUAAUAAAACAAGAAAAUAUAUAAAUUAAAAUUAAAAUAAAUGAAUAUAAAUAUAAUUGUAAAUAUUUCAUUGAGUAGGAAAAAAUGAUAAAUGAUCUGAUGUUUCGUCACUCAAAGUAAGCCAUUUCUUCAGAGAAGAAGUUGAAAAAAAACAUAAAGAUAAUAUAUUCUUGUAUUGUUCAAUGUUUACUCUUUAAACUUGUAUGAAUUAUGAUUUGAUUGUUUAUUCACUUUGAAGAAGUCACUAACACUGAGUUACGAAACGUUAGAAAAUCUCAUUUCUCUACUUGUUGGAAUAUCUAUAAAUUAAUGAAUUUAAUGCCUAAUUUAUUCGAAAUUAUCAGUUCAAAUGAUAGUAAUGAUACGUAUAAAUUAAAACAGAUUGAAAAUGAUUCAAUUAAAUUUUUAUAAAUGAAUGAAAUAAUUAUUCAAAUGAAUAGCAUAAUCAUUUAAUGAAUGAAUAAUUCAAUGAAAUGACAAGUAAUUGAAUGUAAACAAUCUAUAAAUGAAAUAUUUUUCAUAAUUUGAAAAUUUCUAUUUCCAUUCAUCAUUCAUAAAUC